ACAGUUUACACAUUUGCUGCUUACCUUCCAACUCGAAAUUCAACACUUCGAAUCUGCAGGACAGACUUCGAACUCCAAAACUAAGAUCCAAGACCAACAAACAGGACGACCCGGCCGAGCACUCCAAUGCAAGCUUCUGGCGCGAAUACGAUGCGGCAAGACCAGCGAACCAGACCAUCCGCGGAGAGCUUGCCGAUCGUAAACGAGCCCUGAGAUCCAUCGACGAGGUACAGGGCGAAUUCGAAGGCGAUGACUACUGGGCACUCGGCGCGGAUCCGAACAUAAGUGGUGCAGAAGCGCUCGCACGUAUGAGACGUGAAGGCGCUGAGCGGACGCGGAAUGCGAUGAGCUGUGCGAUGAAAGCGACGACGAGAGAGAAGCGGCAGAACAUUCAAUCCCUGUUGCACGAAUGGGUCCGGCAACGUACAUGGCACACACCAUGUAUGGUAACUGGCGCAUCACAAGCCUCGUCGCGGCCUUUGAGAGACUGCAAGAAGCCGACGACCUAGAAGACGUCGCGGACGAGUCUCAAGAGCUUAUUGACACUACGAUCCACGUAGCACAGCACGCACGUCUUCCGACUGAUGGUUUCGACGCGAUUUUCCAGGUCGCUCAACGAGACAUCCUGGCACGAGAGGAGGCCAGACGUGAAGAAGAAAUCUUGAGUUACCAAAGAGAACGCCUGGAGCGGCUGGACAAGAUUCUCGAUGAGCGGGCAGAUCUCGAAGCGAACCUUGCCAUGAACCAAGAGCUCAUCAAGCGCGAAACAAGGGACUUCAAAGAGGGACAGGCGAUCUGGAAGAGAGAUGACCCCGAAGGCUACGUGAACUUCGAAAGGUUCAAGACCGCCACUCACACCAGCGUUGCAUCGCAGUACGAAGGCUCAAGCGUCAACUCCGCAAUUGUUCUCGAGUGGGCGAUCCUCUGCUGGGGUAUUGGCGUCUUCAAGUAUCCCGAUUUCCUCGUCGACAGCAUCCGCCGUCUCGCUCGGCUGCAUUACUCUCGAGUACUGCUCACGUACGACAUCCAUGGCAGCAAAUGGGAGGAACACACUUGGAACCUCAUCGAGGCAGAGGCUGGUACCUAUCCUUCAUGGAAAGACACGCCGCAAGGUCGUGCUCUCGCCAAAUGGGAAUCCAGUGCUGAUGGCCAGGUUAACGAAAUGCACCGGCAGAGCUUUAGCCGCUACGGGUAUGAGCCACAGCCUGCUGUGGGAGGCGAAGUCCUACAACCCAAGGGCUACGCCAAGUUCGUUGAGCCGACAGAUGUCCCUUUUCUCCGCCGACUGGAGAUCAUCCGCGCGGGCUUCGAUAUUCGCGUCGUACGACACGCACAAUCCUUGCGAGAUCCUGAGCGAGUGCGCAAACUCGCCAAUCCUCAAUACGAAGGUCGGACUGUAGACAGCCACAGAAAUGCUGGCUUCGGUAUCUUCGCAUGGAUUGCAGGAGCGGUCAAGCACCUCGCCGAGGACCCGCACGAGCGAACCAGCGAGGAGAAAGAAGUCCGUCGACAACUGUGCACGGAUAUGAUCAACUUCAGCACGACUCUGAACCGGGAGAAGUGUGUCCGCAAGCUGAUGAGAUUAGCCAUCGCAAGCGUCUUGGUGCCUUACAGCGCCUUUGCCGGCUAUCACGGUUCCACAAUUGCCAUUCCACCAAAUUCUCGACCAAAGAGAAUUACACAGCUGGAACAACAGGCCCGUACUCGACGGGCUCAGAUCAUCCUGGUCCGAACCGGCCAACACAAUAACGGUGCUUGGGUGCCCCGACCUCUUCUACUCAGAGUGGAGGAGCGAGUGUCUGCUCCGACGCUGACUUCGCCUUGUUCGCCGACGGAUGGCUGGGAGACCGAUGACGAGGCGGAUCCCACUCCGCCGUCUUCGCCUUCACCUGUACGAUAG